CCAAAUUCCAGAACUACGAAGCCCGGCUUCGGCUUGUGCAUGGUGCGCCACAUGGCGGCCCGAGUUGUCGUGCUGCUUGCGGCGUGCUUUUACUUGCACGAGGCGGCCGGGCAGAACGUGCCGGCGCAGUCGGCCCUGGGUGUCCGCCUGGCAGAUGAAGAUCUGCAGAAGGGGGUGGUAUCCGGGAAAUUAUAUAUCCGCAAGCCCGUGGUGGAUUCCUCCAGCCCGAGCAUCGAUUACUUCGCUGUCUAUUGGGGCUCUGAUGCCAACACCAAAGCAGUGAACGAGCCACUGGUCGUUUCCUACCUCAACGAAACGGGUGGGAACCCUCCCACCUGCAGUGGUGCGUCUUGCGACAAGAUCGCCAUCAACCCCGAGGGCCAGGGCUGGCGCAUUUCGCGAGGGACAGACGGCUAUGAAAACAACGAGAUGGCGGAUAUCUAUUUGUCCAGUGCUGGCAGGAUCACAGUGACACAUUUUGAGGUGGAAUCUGGCUGGGAUUUCCUGACCAUCGACGGCACUGGCCAUUCCGGGAGCUAUGCAACUGGCAUGGCGCCCAUCCAGACGAGCACGGACGCAGCGAGCGUCAUUUCAUGGGCAACGGACGGCUCAGUAACGCGGAGUGGCUGGGAGCUCACGUUCAGUCCUGAGUCUGAAGCGAUACACGAAGUGGAUGUUGCGAGCAUUCCGACUCUGGAUGCCACGCACUUGCUUGUGUAUUCGGGCAACUCUCACGGAGAAAUGAUUGCACCAGCCUCCUCGCCCAUCUAUGACUUAUUUGUCAUUGAUCCGCCGUCCUCACUCACCUUUGCAGAUGGCUCCGAUGCCCCACACCACAUUUCUGGGAUGCUUCAGCUUGAUGCUCCUCAGAACGCUGAUGUGAUUCGCUAUGAGGUCUACUUUGGGAGCGGCGACAUGCGCCUGGGAGUCUGCACUGGACUCAUGGGCUUCCAGUUCCAACCAGGCCUGGGCCUGACAGAGGACUGCUCCGGCAACGGAUUCCACUUGCAAACUCUGGCGGCGGAGAAUGUCCCAGGGCCGCAGGGCCAUGCGCUGCUCUUUGAUGGCACAUACUUCGCGGCCGUGACAGUGCAAGAACUCUGGCAGGAGGAGCUGCUCCACUUCCAGAAUUGGUCAGCGGCUGCCUGGGUGAAUCCCGCAGUGCAGCCGGCCAGUGGGGUCCGAUUGGUGGGACGAUCCAGCGUGGAAGAUCCUUCCUCUGAUGAGUUUGGCAUCCACCUCAUGGGUGACUUCUUGCCACGCUGCACCACCUUCAGCAUGAUGGGAGGUGCGGCGAGCUGCACGGGAGGGGGAUCUCUGACUCGAAACGUUUGGACGCACGUGGCGUGCACCUUCGAGGCAUCGAUCGGCUUGAGGCUCUACAUCAACGGAUCUCUGGCCAAGACCUGCGGAGCCGGCUUCGCGGGGAACUGGAACGACGGCAGCUCGCACAACAUCACGCUCGGCAGCAAGCCUGAAGGUGCGCAAAACGUGUUCUUUGACGGAAUGCUGGAUGAAGUGGGCAUUUUCACCCACACACUGGCCCCAGCUGACGUUCACCAGCUGUAUUUGAACUCCCGCGUGGCCUCCUGGGCCUCCGGCAACAGCACCUCCGCCCAGCUGGACGUGCCGAUCCCCGCGGCGGCCACGACGCUGCAUGCCGUGGCCGUCGGAAGCUGGCUGGAGAGCGCGCCUUUGGUCAUCCCCCUUGUGGACAAGGUGACGCCGGUGAAUCUGCCUGUGGGGAUACGCUUUACCGAUUCGGAUCCAGCCCUCGGAAGCUACGGUGGGCAGGUCGCCGUUGAGCGGGCUCUCAACGAAUCGGAUAUCUCGCAGUACGUGGCAUACUGGGGCUCUUCCAGCAAUGCGAAGCUGGCGGAGGUUGCUUUGGGUCAGGCGGAUGCAACAGGGGCUUCGGAGGUAUUCAUUUCCGUGCCCUCCGCAACCCCUCCGGCGGGAGCCAGCUACCUGGUGGUGGUGUCGGCAAUGAACCGGGGGGCGAUGGCUGGAGAGAGUUCCUCCGCCGUUGGAGUUAUGCUACAAGAUUAUGCUCCGCCCAGCGUAUUCGCACAGGCAGUGACCUUUACAGAUACCGAUCCAAGUGCUGGACAGGUCUCAGGAGAGAUCCGAGUCACAGCAGCGAGCGAUGAGAGUGGCGUCGCCUCCUAUAACCUCUACUUCGCGCAUAAUCUGUCAACGCUUGAGCUGAUCCAGAAGCUUCCAGCCUCCGGAUCCUCGGAAAUGACACAUUCGCUGAGCAAUGUGCUUCUCCCAGUGGGGGCAUCUGCAAUCCUGGUCUUGCUGGAGGGCUCUCAAGGAGAAGCCCGAAGUGGAGUGGUCACCUCCGGCGCGUUGGACUUCACCAAUUUGGAUGCCCCCUUUGGCAUCGCUUUCGAGGAUCAGGAUCCUUCGGCCAGUUCCUUGGGAGGUACCAUCACGAUCCAGCGAGCCAUUCAGGAGGCGAACAUCCAAGCCUACGAGUUGUACUGGGCGCAGGGUGGCACUACCGAGCCUACUCGAUUGAGCCUUCUUCAGGAUUCUUAUGGUGAUGGAUGGAACGAUGCCUACUACUACAUCCGAACAGGCACCGGGGACCUGAUCGCCGAGGGCACGUUCACCAGUGGCUACUCUGAGACGCACACCAUUGACAAUGUGCCAGUCUCUGAAACGCUCACUCUGACCGUGUCUAGAGGCAACUGGCCAGCGGAGAUGUCAUGGACCCUGACAGCUGGCAGCACGGUCUUGAGUUCCAGCACAGACACAUUCCCUACGAACAUGCCUUUCAGCGUGUCUGGGGGCAGCCCAGUGGCUGAUGCGAGUGGCAUCGAGUUCUCUCCCGGUUUGCUCACGGUGUCGCUGGCACAUGGCACUUCGGCUCCUAGCGGCGCAGAUAACUUCUUGGUGCUGUGCAAGUUGGAUUCCGGGGCAGAGUCUGCGGCAGCCUGGGUGGCCAUUUCCGAUUUUGCGCCUCCCUCUACAUUUCCCGGCUCGAUUGCCUUUCAAGACACGGAUGAGGGAUUGAGAAGUAUUGCUGGACUAAUCACGCUUGGUAGGGCCGCAGAUGAGUCGAGCAUCUCUGAGUACAAAGUUUACUUUGGCAGCAGCCCCUCCCAAAAACUGCCCCCACCCAUCUUGCCGGGCCUGCAAUACAAGCUCUUCGUAUUCACCCAGGGCAGCAUGUUACCCUCACUUGAUGGGAGGCAGCCAACAUCAGAAGGCGUGCAUCUGAGCCUCGGCUUCAACCAGACAGAUUUCGGUUGGCCAGAUGCAUUUCAAGUUGGCUUCGCAGUCCGAUGGACCGGCUUCUUGCACAUUGCGCAAGAAGGCACCUACUACUUUCAGUCACUGUCCGAUGAUGGCUGCAAAGUGCUCAUCGCAGGGGAUCUGGUCAUUGAUGCGGAUGGACUUCUCGAUCAAGCAGCGUGGCGGUCUGGGUUGGUGACGCUUCAGAGUGGGACACACUCCCUUCAGGUGGAUUACUUCCUGGCCUCUGGAACGCAUGGUACUCUGAUGUUGCAGUACAUGGGUCCGGACACGCAAGGGCUUUGGGCCAGUGUCUCGAAUGUUUCAUAUGGAGUCAACGAGACAAAUUGGAUUGCGGCAAUCAGCACCUCUGCAUCCGAUCCGCUGGUCGUGAGCCUUCCCAGUACAGCGCUCCCGGGGAAUGCGUCGUACCUUCUCGCCUUUGGCUCUUCUGAGGGUGGAGAUAGCUUGGAAUCAGCUGCGCUGCUCCUCUCUGAUUAUGUCCUACCCAACAGUAUUGUCUCAAAUGUGACUUUUGCAGACAUGGACCCCGCGUCUGGCCGGUAUUCUGGGGUUGUGACUUUCCUUCGAGCUGACGAUGAAGAAAGGAUCACAGAGUACCUUCUGUACUGGGGGAGCAGUGCUUCAGAACCUGACUUCAGCUUUGGGUCUCUUGCUAGCCUUUCCGUGUCUGGCCCUUUCAACUGCACUCGAUCGAGCUCAUUGUUCGAAGGCAUUUCGAUGGUCGAUUCCAUGUGGUUCUAUGAAACAGCUUCGUCGUUGGAUGCAACGGAACUCUUGGCAUUCCGCACGCAGUGUGAGCAGCAUUGCCUCGGCCCUUUAUUGCCUGGAUGUACUGGCUUUGUGCUGCAGCUGUGGCUUGGUGCCCAAGCCAAUUGUCAGUUUUACACCAGCAACAUGCUGCUAGGUUGGUGGGGCUCCGGUAGUUCUGAUGGCAUAUCUGUAGCCUCUGACCUUUGCAUCGUGUCUGGCAAUGAAGCCAGACUCAGCAUGACCCUGCCUAGCUCCGAGGCCCCUUCAGGAGUGAGUCAUUUGGUGGUGGUCAGCUCAUAUGAAAACAACUCCAUGAGCGCAGGUGCAGGCAUCGCCCUGUCAGACUACUCAACAGUCACAGUGGUGCCUGCCAACAUUGCCUUCGAGGAUACGGAUCGAUCCUUCAACUCAGUGGGCGGAACGGUCACCAUUGGCGUUGCUGCGGAUGAGUCGGAAUUGAGCGGUUAUGCCGUUUACUGGGGCGAGAGCAAUACCUCCAAGUUGCCUGGCGGCAACAUCGGCUUGCACGCGGAGUUUUUUGCACUGCAAGACUGCCCAUGCUACUACUGUGCGGUGAACUUCUCAAGUCUUGGAGAGCCGUUCUUGACGCAGUCUGAGUCCAGCUCCCUCUACAGCACGUCACGCCCGGGUGGCAGCUUCUCAGCUUGGCCUGGCCUGAACAGGAGCGAGCUCUUUGCUGCCAAAUGGACGGGGUGGUUUACUCUCGACGCAGGUGGGAACUACCACAUCAAUGCCGCGGCGGACGAUGCUUGCAAGUUGUUCAUGGACGGUGAAGAGGUCCUGUCCAUCUCGGGCAGCUCUGGGGUGGGCCAGUCUUCAGUCACCGGAUUCAUCAGCGCAGGGCUUCACCACAUAGAGCUGCAGUACUAUCAGUGCAGAGGCGCCUCCGGCAUCUCGGUUUCUGCCUCAGGCCCAGAGACUGGCUUCAUGGACACGAGCCUUUGGGAGUUGACCAGGCACGGGCCCUAUGACAGGGAGGCCUUGCUGACGGUGUCCAAGACCGGGUCCGACGUGGAGGCCCUGGUGCCGAACACGGCCAUCCCCGCGGGGGCGACCCACCUCCUAGCCUUCGCCCGGGCGAGCAGCGGCUUCGAUGGCCUGGGCUCCGCCAGCGUGGCGCUGGUGGAUUUGGUGCAGCCCCAGGUGGCCGCGCAGGCCGUGAGGUUCAGCGACCUGGACCCUUCCUCGGGCAUGAUCCAGGGGAUCCUAAACAUCGUGCGAGCUCAGGAGGAGGAGCUUGUCAACUUCUACAAGGUCUAUUGGGGUUCCAGCGCCACUGACAUCCUGAACGUCAGCGACAGCGGCGCUAGACGCUUAUCGAGUGCACGACCUUCCUGCACAGGGCUUUCUUGCCCUGAUGUCCAGAUCUCAGGUAGUGGCAACGAGUGGACGGUGUCUCGUGGAACUUAUGGCAACGAUGAAAGUGCUGACAUCACUUUGGCCGGACCUGCUGAAAUCACUUUCCUGUCGCUCACCACGGAGACGUGUUGUGACAAGCUCCAUUUCCCAGACCAGGUCUUCAGUGGAUACACAGUGCCUCAGCCCAUAUCGCUCAGGGAUGGAAUGCAUGCCGUGCAGUGGCGCUCGGACUACUCGGUCACCUCAGGUGGCUGGAGCUUCUCAUACACCUACCUGGGGAGCGCAGAAGGCACCUCCCCAGGUUUGAUUGCCAUGAUCCCCAAGCCAGCGCACCUCCAUGACUUGCAAGUCCAAAUCGACCGCCAACAGCUCAUAGGUAGCCAUUUCAUUGUGAAGGUAGCUUACAACUCCACUGAAAGUGAUAGCUCCGUGGCAGUGGAAAUUCAAGAUCUGGCGCCAGAAGAGCUUAUUGUCGGCAAUCUAAGCUUCAGUGACACAAAUCUCUCUAUGGGGUACAUUGGAGGAAGCCUUGAAAUCGGAGAGGCUGGGUCGGGCAUCUCCGGGUAUCGUGUCUAUUGGGGUUCCAACAGCACCCACUUGAUUGCCCCUGGAGUAGCCGGGCUUGAGGGACAGUAUUUCUACUUGUCCUACAGCCCCGACAGCAUCCCGGGCAUGGACUCCUUGGUCCCAGAUCUGGUGAAGAUCGACCUGGAAGUGAACCAGGUGCAGACGCUUUCUGCAUGGCCAGGAUUGAGCGUUGAGGACCACUUCGCUGCUCGCUGGACCGGCUAUGUAAAGAUCGAAGCGCCUGGCACAUAUCGCUUCACGCUGAACUCUGAUGAUGGCAGCAGGCUAUUCAUCAAUGGAGCAUUGGUGGUAGAUAAUGAUGGAGUUCAUGGCAUGCAGUCUUUAACAGGAGAGAUUUCUUUAGUUGCAGGUUUCCACAGCCUGCAAAUCGAUUACUUUGAAGGCCAAGAUGAAUCCGGAAUGAUCUUGCUGUACAGUGGGCCAGACACGGCUGGUUCAAGGGUUGUGAUCCCUCAAAGUGCAUUGCGCCACGGAUCUCUCGGCAAUGCGCUGAUUGGGGAAGUCGCUGCAGCUUCAUCGGGUGCCACCGUCUUUGAUAUUCAGAGUCUAUCCUUGCCAGAAGAUGCCACACAUCUGAUAGUGCGAGCCUUCAAUGAUCAGGGUGAGAGCUUGACAGGCGCAGCUGUCGAGCUGAACGAUGCUUUCAGGCCCACAUCACCAGCUGGGGCUGUUCAGUUUGUGGAUGAAGACCCCACUCAGGGGUUGAUUGCCGGCACUAUUGUGGUGGAGGCAGCAGCAGAUCCCAGCACAGUGUCCCACUAUGUGCUUUAUUGGGGUAGCUCCUCCGAUGUCAAGCUGGAUCAGGUUCCACUGGCAGAAAUUGAGUCAACUGGUGGCUCGGGCAAUCAUGGGAGCUGCGGCUUGAAAGGGGAAGACACGACCCCUUUGCGCUUUUCCCGCAAUGGCGUGAACGGCCCGAAGAUUGUCAAUGGUCAGGAUGCCAGCCACUGUGAAUGGAGAUGGCAGGUGAGCCUUCGUUCGCUGUCAGGAUUUCACUUCUGUGGAGGUGCCCUGAUUUCGCCCAAGUGGGUCAUGUCAGCAGCGCACUGCGUUGAUGGAGCCAGCAGCUUUGUCAUUGUUGUUGGUGACUUUGAUAAGGACUCCUCAUCCGAUGAACACGAGCGGACACACAAUGUCCUGCGCGUCAUCUCACACGAGAGCUAUGACUCAUCGACCAUGUCUCAUGACUUUGCACUCAUCGAGCUCGAGCAAGAGGUAGAUAUGACUCAGUGUGUUGCAACAGCUUGCCUUCCAGAUGCUCAUGUUGAUGUCGGCCAGGACUGCUACAUCACUGGCUGGGGAACUCUGUCCUCUGGUGGCUCAUCGCCUUCUCGACUGCAGGAGGGUCUUGUCAUAGCUUUGAGCAACACUGAAUGCAAUGCCAGGUAUUCUGGCAGUAUUGAGGACAACAUGCUUUGUGCGCAAGGAACUGCUGCUGGGGGCAUUGUGGAUGCUUGCCAGGGUGACAGUGGUGGUCCCUUGGUAUGCCCACGAGCAGAUGGAAGGCAUGUACUGCAUGGAGCAACCUCAUGGGGAUAUGGUUGCGCUCAAGCCCAGUAUCCCGGUGUUUGGGCGCGCAUUGCUUCCAUCCUUCCAUGGAUCCAUGAUCACACCAGCUUGCAGUCUGGAAGAGAUUCUUCUGUAGGCAACCUGACCUACAAUCUGAGCUCUCAAUCCAUUCCGUCAUCUGCAACACAUUUGCUUGUGUAUACCGCCAUGCAUGGUGCAGAAAUGGAAUCCGGCAUUAGCAUCCCUCUUGUGGACUACGCACCUGUGGAUGUUGUGCCUUCCUCCAUCAACUUCACCGACGCGGAUGCCUCUCCUGGUGAGCUGGGUGGAGUGAUCCAUCUAGGCCGAGCAUCUGAUGAGACGCAAGUCACCGGCUACGCGGUCUACUGGGGCUCUUCCGAGACACAGACUCUGGAGCUGCUGGCUGAAAUAAGCAAAGGGUCUGGUACGUUGGAGAUCACAAUGCCAAGCAACACACAGCCGCCGGCUUUAGCCACCCACUUGCUGGGCUUUGCAGUCACCAUCUCAGGGACGGGCUUGAGCAGCGUUGCGGUUGAGAUCAUGGAUGCUGACCAUAGUUUGUCCCCGGGAGGCUUGAUGUUUACUGAUACGGACGAGACUGCAGGAAGAGUUGGCGGCAUGGUGACCAUCCAACGCGCUGCCAGCACCAGCGGAAUCUCGGCCUACAACCUGUACUUCAGCAGCGGGGAUUGCACGACGGUAGGCGGCCAGAUCGCAAGUGUGGCCGUGUCGCAAAGUGGCAGGGCGCCUCUCUGCACUGAGGGCACUACCUGUUCCGACAUCACCAUCACCCAAGAGACUUCGGAGCGCUACGUGAUUUCUCGCGGGAUGAGUGGCUGCCCAGCUGGUCAGUGA